GCCAAUCAGGACAGAUGAUUCAUGUUUGUGUGAAUCUUGGCAAUAUUUGCUAGUGAUUAGUAGUAGUUUACUUGGAAUUCCGAGAAAACAACAGGAAAACAAAAUCCCUGGGGCUUGCUCUCUACCAGAUUUCUUAUUUCAUCCAUUGUGCAAUAUCUGCAUCUGCAAGUGUAUUAUUCAUUGUGAAUUGUGUAUCAGAAAUUGACAUUGGAGAGAAAGUGUUUUCAAAAUGAUGGCUAAUCCCAUUCAGGUGAAUGUACCUGGUACUAUGGGAGGGGUUUCUCCUACACAGGUGAACAACAAAGGAAGAGGUGGAAGGAAACUGAAGGUGCCACCUGGACUAAAAAUCCUUAACCCAAACUUGGAGCCUCCCAAAAGUCCAGUCCCUCCAAGAAAUUUGGACUCCAAAGCCACAAUUAAGAUCAAUGAUAAACAGUUUGAGAUUGAGGCCAGUGACCUUCAGCUUAUCCAAAAUCUUGGCCGUGGUGCCUUUGGUAUUGUUGAUAAAAUGAUGCACAGACCAAGUGGGGCUAUUGUAGCCGUAAAGAGAAUUACUGUAACAGUUAAUAAUGAAGAACAGAAACGUUUAUUAAUGGAUUUAGAUGUAUCCAUGAGGAGUGGUUCAUGUCCGUAUACAGUACAGUUUUACGGUGCUCUGUUUAGAGAGGGUGAUGUUUGGAUAUGUAUGGAGGUAAUGGACACAUCAUUAGACAAAUUCUAUAAAAAGAUUUAUGAAGAUGGUCAGUCUAUACCAGAGACUGUUUUAGCAAUUAUCACUUUUUCUGUUGUAAAGGCUUUGCAUUAUUUGAAGACAGAAUUAAAAGUGAUGCAUCGAGAUGUUAAGCCAUCUAAUAUAUUAAUUAACAAGGUAGCCCAAGUAAAAAUCUGUGAUUUUGGUAUCUCUGGUCAGUUAGUAGAUUCUGUUGCAAAGACUCAGGAUGCUGGGUGUAAACCUUACAUGGCACCUGAAAGAAUUAAUCCGAAAGAAGGACAAACAGGUUAUGAUAUCAAAGCAGAUGUAUGGAGUCUAGGAAUUACUAUGAUUGAGUUAGCAACAGGAAGUUUUCCAUACAAGAAAUGGAACACACCAUUUGAACAACUGAAACAAGUGGUACAAGAUCCCCCUCCCAAACUGCCGUCUGAACAGUUCUCUACAGAAUUUGAAGAUUUUAUAACUUGCUGUUUACAUAAAGAUGUACAGCAAAGGGCCAAUUAUACUGAACUGUUAGAACAUCCAUUUGUUAAAAAGGGUGAAACCACAGACUUUGAUUUAACCAAAUAUGUAGAAGGAGUGUUUGAAAAAUAUGGCGAUUUAAAUGAACAACCAAGUUAAUGAAGACUGUCUUUAGACUUUUGUGGCGUGUGCAUGAAGCUGAGCCUGGAGAAAGAGAUGGAUGGAAGGAAAAUUUGAGAAGAUAUCAUCCCCAUUAACUGUUUUUCAUUCAGUGCUUUAAAAAUAUCUUUUCUACAUAUUUUUAUAUAUAUUUUAUGUAUGCAAUGAAAGAUGAAAAGUCUUCCUUUCAAAAAUGGUAUUUUGGUAGUUGAAUGCACUUAAUUUGUUUACUUACUUCUAUAUAGUGAAGCAUUCUUUCUGUGUUUAUAAGUAUAUUUAUUCCCUACUUUUUCAAUUUAAAAAAACUGCUGAGAUGACAGCUUUUAUUUUUAAAUUACAAGUGUGGCCAAGAAACUAAUCACUGGAUUUCUUUCAAGUGGGUACUAAGAUUGUUGCAAAAUUGCUAGGCUGUUGAAGAUAUUUUUUUCUGGCAGAAUUGCGAUAAAGUUACCUGAAAAUAUCUGUUCACUGAGUAACCUUGUUUUCACAGCUUUCAUUUUUCUAAAUACAAAUAAAAAAUUUGCAAGAAAAUUGGUGACCAGUUGUAGGGCUUUUGAUGUAAUGUUCUAGCUUUACAAUUGGGGCAUAGAAGUUUCAUUAACAUUUGAGUUUUGUAAGACAUUCUUGAAGAUGAAUAGAAUUCAAGUUAAAACUGCCAUUUAAAUAAGUUAAACCUUUUUGAUAAAAGUUAUGUAAUGCACAGUGUUUAUUAAUUUGCCAGUCCUUUACUCAUUUUUUUUCAGAAGACCCAUUUUGCUAUUUAUAAAUUUGUCAGAUAUAAUAGCUAUAGAAUUAAUCAUAUUUGUUUACAAUGUGACUAGAAUACUUAUGUGAAUGAACAAAGUUAACAAAUAAAAAGAAAUUAAGAACAUGGGUUAAAGAAAGAAUUUCGCACCAGUAUGCAUUGAUCCUAGUUAAAUUUUAUUUCUUUGUUUAACAACAAAUUUCUGUCAUUUGAAAAUGUAAGGCAUGAUACAAUAGAGUUACCUUCCCUUGCCCACAUUUUUGAAUUUUAUUUUGUUCACCUAAUUGUUAAUAAUAUUAAGUUCAGAAGUUGUAAUAACAUUGUGCAUAAAUCUACUUCUAAACUUGCCAGGUAUUAUACGGAUAAGAUUGAUAUAAGGUUCACAAGUUUAAAUUAUUUCUAAAAUAUGAAAGAGAAAGUUGAUCCUUUGCAUGCUGUCAUAGAAUCUAAGUAUACCUUGUCAGUUAAUUGUUUUUUUUAAUUUUUAGAUUAAGAGCCAUUAACAUGAUAUGUUACAGAAGUAAUCACAUUUAUUGUACUGGUUUUACAUACUUUUUUUUUAAACUGAGAACACUAAGGAUUUGAAGAAUACUGGUUUCCUCCCAUUGUUACGGUUGGUGACCAGUAAAUAAAUAUUAAGUUUCAACUGUGAUAAUGAAAUGUGUUUGGUAUGAUUAUUUAUAAUUAAUAUAUUUAGGGAGGUAAAUAUUUUCUAUACUGUUGUUGUUGUGUUUUAGAUAUUUAAGAAAUCAUGAUAAAAUUAGAUUUUUGUUGGAAGACAGCAAUGAACUUAAAAAUACAAAAUUAUGAGUUAAUUAAUUUAUAGCAAUUUUUUUAAAUACUUUAAGCUCUCCUGACAAAAGGCCUUGUGAGUUAUUGCAAUCAUUUGCUGUCAGUGGUGGUAUAGAUUUUAUCCUUUGAAACCACUGCAUCAGAAUCCUUGCUAAGAUUUGUCUAGAAUGGGGUUCCAAAAAGAUUUACAGCAUUUUGGAAGUUCAAAGGUUGCAAGUGACAGAAGUUUGGUUACAGCUUCAUUGAAUGACAUUCUUCAAACCAGCUGAAUUAGGCAGGGUUGUGGGCUAAUUAUCUAAACCUGGUUCCUGAACGAAUUUUAUUGAAUUUUUAAGGACCUUAUAAAAGCAAAAGACAAAUGAAGUUUAUACAUAAUUAUUGAGUGAGUACCCUCAAUCACUUAACGGGAAACUCAAUUUUGAUAAGAAUGGUCUAUGUAUAUCCUUUUUGGGAUCCACAGAGUUUUACAGGAGAUUAAGUGAAGCCAAAAUAGUUUGAUGGCUGUAUGGGUCAAAUAGGACAAUUAUUAAAGUACAGGCAAAGAUCGCAGGUGAGGGCUAUUCCAUUAAAUUGUAUGUGGGAGGGUAGGAAGGGAAGUUUAAUUAUUGAAUGUGGGUCAUGGGUCUUUAUUCAGUAUGCGUCUAUUACCAUUAUGUAAAAUUAUCUAAAAAAUGGUUCUUGGUUGUAGGGAUAUUUUGAAAGUCCCUUCCUACCCUCCCACAUACAUUUUAAUGGAAUAGCCCUGACCAAUAUAGGCUCUUUGGAGCCUCUAGUUUUCUAGUUAUACUUAAAUAAGUAAAUAUUUUAAUGUUAAUUAGAAUAAAUUUUUGUAUAGAUUUUGUAGAUACAGUUUUUAUGUAAGAUUUUAUAUGCAAAGUGCAUGAAAUAGUUCCUAUUUUUAUUAAGACAACCUGACCUUUAAACCAUCAAUUAAUGCAAAUUAACAUACAAAGCUAAAAAAAAUUACUUUUAGCAUUCAAGAAAAAUGAACAGAUUCUGUUUACACUUCAUUAAGUUCUAGGUUUGGUAUAUUUUAUAUUUAGCACUUUUAACAUUAUUGUCAUUUCACAAAGUCAAAUAUUUUAUUUGUAUUUUAUUUAUUCAUAAUUUUAAAGAGUUCCAUCCAUUUAAAAUAAUGUCAUCAAUUUAAAAAUAAACAUAAUUGAAAACAAUGAUAUAUUAAUUUAAAAUACAUGACUACUAGUUGAUUACUUGUGUGAAUAGUUAAACCAAAUCACAUAAACAAUUACACAAAUAUUUUACCUUUUUAAAUCUCAGUGGUUUUGAAACAGGUCAACAGUUUUGAAAUUCUGAAAUUUGCCAAAGUAGGACUGAAUGAUUAUAUAGAUAUUACCCUAUUAUUAGAAACAGUUCCAUUGGCAUACUCCCAGUUACUGAUACAUUGUAUCUCUGUAGAGAUUAUUCAUGGUAUGUUAUUGACAUUCCUGAUUGUUUCUAUAUUUUUAGGGCCAUGUGUAGAAAGAAAUCCAUCUUCAUUUGUUUCAUGAAAAAUAUUCACCUGAAAUCAUUUCUUUAGCAUAGAUACACAUAACAGAGUGACUGAAUUGUGUUUUAUUCUUUGCAGAUGCUAAGGAUGUGAAAACACCUUCUAACCAGUAAUUGAAAACGUUUUAUUAUUCUCUUGUUUGGUAUAUACAUUGUAUAGAACUAAGAGUUAUAUAUUAGUUAAUAUUUUUAUCUUCUAAUUCAUUAAAAUAUUGACAUACCAAGUAUUUAAGCAGUUGGUUUAAACAAUUAUUUAAGAUUCAUAGUCAUUAUUGAUGUCAUAUAGUUUGCCAAAAAAAAUGUAAAAUUAUAUUUAAUAUAUGUUCAUUUUGCAUAAAACUUGGAUUUCUGGAAAUGUCUACAUUUGACAUUUCAAAGUAUUGCAUAUGUAUUUAAUAUCAAAUAUUAAUUAUGCUUUAUUUAAAUUGAAUGACAUGUAAUGAAGUAUCGUCAAAUGUUAAAAUUGAUAUGUAGUUUUAGGAAGACUUUUAGUUUUGGUCAUGACAAAUUUUUUUUAUUUCAUUUUAAUUGUAAUAUCACUUUUAGAAUUUCUUGUAAAUAACCAUUCAUAUUAUUAUAAGAUUCCUUGUGAGUCUGAGUCAAUUGUUUAUUUAUUGUGACCACGAUAGGGUUUGAUUCACUAUAGACGUGAGUGAGAGUAUGCCUUGAGAGAAAUGUUAUUGUUAUGAGUGAGAGGGAGCGAUGAUUGUUAUUUAUUGUGCUCAUAUCUCAGGAGAAGCUUGUGAUCUGGAGCAUGGUUAUAUUUUAUACUCCCAUACGUUGAUAUAUGUUGUUGAUAUUUGAGCAAACCAUUUAUUUGUAUAAAAGGAAUUCACUAUAUUAAAGAAUAAAUAAAAACAAUGAACAGA